AUGGCCUUCCCGCCGAAAGAAGAUCCUGUGAGGAACAUAAAAGACUGCUGGGAUAGCCCGAAUGCCCCUGCACUUUCCACUUGCAGCAAUGCGGAUAUAUUCCGCCGAAUAAAUGCCAUGCUGGACAACUCUCUGGAUUUCAGUGGAGUCUGCACCACGCCUGUCACAAAAGGCAAAUGUGACACCCUGCCAGACAUCCAGGACUCUGAAGAAGCAGUGGCAAGCAGGAUGCUCUUCCCUACGUCCACGCAAGAGUCUUCCCGUGGCCUCCCAGACACCAACGAUCUGUGCCUUGGCCUGCAGUCUCUCAACCUGACAGGGUGGGACAGACCCUGGAGCACCCAGGACUCUGACACUGCAGCACAAACCAGCACACAGUCCGUUCUCAGCAUGCUGAGUAACCCUCUUGGGAACGUCCUGGGGAAGCCCCCGCUGGGUUUUCUGCCUUUAGACCCCAUUGGUUCAGACCUGCCAGAAAAGUUUUCCACACCGCCGCUGAGGAAUUCCCGCUCCCUCCUGGACUCCCGCUCCAGCAGCCCCUCGGACUCGGACACCAGUGGGUUCAGCUCUGGUUCUGACCAUCUCUCAGACUUGAUUUCAAGCCUUCGCAUAUCCCCUCCUCUGCCCUUCUUGCCUCUCAGUGGGGUGUCAAGAGACCCCUUGAAGAUGGGAGUGGGAUCCCAGCUGGAUCAAGAUCAAGCUGCCCUGGCUGCAGUAACUUCCUCCCCGGCCAGUGCAUCAAAAAGAUGGCCUGGAGCAUCUGCGUGGCCUUCCUGGGAUCUUCUGGAUUCUCCAGAAGACCCCUUCAGUAUUGAGAGAGAAGCCCGGCUUCAUCGGCAGGCAGCAGCUGUGAACGAAGCAACCUGCACCUGGAGCGGGCAGCUGCCUCCCCGAAACUACAAGAACCCAGUCUACUCCUGCAAAGUGUUCCUGGGAGGAGUCCCAUGGGACAUUACAGAAGCUGGGCUGAUCAACACUUUCCGUGUUUUUGGCUCCCUGAGUGUGGAGUGGCCUGGUAAGGAUGGCAAACACCCACGCUGUCCUCCCAAAGGCUACGUCUACCUGGUGUUUGAGUCGGAGAAGUCGGUGCGUGCGCUGCUCCAGGCGUGCUCCCAGGACCUGCUGAGCCCCGACGGGCUCAGUGAGUACUACUUCAAGAUGUCCAGCCGCAGGAUGCGCUGCAAAGAGGUGCAGGUGAUCCCGUGGGUGCUGGCCGACAGCAACUUCGUGCGCAGCCCCUCUCAGCGGCUGGACCCCAGCAAGACGGUGUUUGUGGGGGCCCUGCACGGCAUGCUCAACGCAGAGGCCCUGGCAGCCGUCAUGUACGACCUGUUUGGAGGGGUGGUCUAUGCUGGCAUCGACACUGACAAGCACAAGUAUCCCAUAGGGUCGGGCCGUGUCACCUUCAACAACCAGCGCAGUUACCUGAAGGCUGUGACUGCUGCAUUUGUGGAGAUCAAAACCACCAAGUUUACCAAGAAGGUUCAGAUCGACCCGUACCUGGAGGAUUCCAUGUGCCAAGUGUGCAAUGCCCAGCCUGGCCCAUUCUUCUGCAGAGACCAGAUCUGCUUCAAGUACUUCUGCCGCUCGUGCUGGCACUGGCAGCACUCCAUGGAGGUCCUGCGCCACCACCGCCCGCUGAUGCGCAACCAGAAGAACCGGGACUCCAGCUAAGGGGCCGCCGGGCACGGGGCUGGCACGGGCAGAGUCCUGGGAGAACCUGCCAGAGGAGAGCGCAGCAGCGCCUGCCGGAGCCAGGCCCGGCUGGGAACGUUCUUCCUGAGGACUGAUGGGGAAAAAAAACAAAAAUCUUACAU